AGGCUUGGUAGCACGGAGCACAGCCAUAAUUUAGAGUGAAUGUGAGUGAGAAAGAAAGGCAGAGACUUACUGUUGUCUACUACUAAAGUAGGUUCGGUAGUGCGUGUGUGGUAUUUUGAUGAUAGUUGUUAGGUAGACACAAAAUAUAUAUUCUAUUAAUCAUUUGCAUUCGAGUGGGAAAACGGUUUGAAUGAUUAACCACCACAGUCGCAAGAUUUCUUUUCUGUCUGUUGAAUGUUCAAACAAUUUAUUAAUUAUUCCAUCCAUAUCUACCAGAAUCUCUCAUCACCGCCCUUUGUCUCUGCAAAUCCAGGUUGAAAGUAAAAGAGAAACCCUUCACUUGACUGAAGAAAGAAUUGUCAACGAAUCAGCUGUGAAGUGUCUUUCCCCCUAAUCAGAUACUUAAUUGGUUGCUGUAAUCUCUUUAUGUCUACCUUAAGUUCGUGAUUAGAGAACAUAAAAAAAAACAAAAAAAACCUCAAACGAAGAACACUCAAACCAAGCCAAAAUCCAUCUAUAUUUCACUCACAUUUAUUAUUAUUUAUUUUGUGUUAUUUCUGUUGUCAUCUAAUUUUUGCUUGCGAUGAACAAACCCCUCGAGUUACACUCUAUGAAGAAAGAACCAUUAGUUCCAGCCAAAAUUACCUUGACACUCCAAGACAAACUUGUUCAUAAAGCUGGUCAGAUCCUUGGUAGUGGUCGAUCGAAGAAAGAACGAACACCAGCUAUUGUUUCUUCUGUGAUUGAAUCUGAUUUUGAACGGGACGAGUACGUCUCGCACGCCGAUGCACACAUUCCAGGUAUGAAUAGCUACGGAGAAUUUGAUGAUGUCCAGGAUUUCCAUCAAUGCAAAAAUCUUGAGAAUCGACUAGAACAACUCAUCUAUGUGGGUAGACAGCGUUACCUCAACUGCGAGUUACUAGUACCACGAGGUCUCCUCUUCCGAAUUGCACAGGAUGUACUGCGCAUGUCCCGCAGUGAACCGUGCGGAAUUCGAGGCUGUAUUAUGUUUAUCAGCAUUGAACAGAAAUCCUGCUGCCAGAAGAUCAAUAAAUUAGUCUAUGACCCUGACUGCACUCCGACCUUUGAACUUUACCUCACACUUCGAGAAGAAACCAAAGCUUGGGCGAUCAUGAAGAAAUUUCUUUUCCAGUCAGUAUCAGUGAUAUUUGGCAACUCCACUAACGUUCUGCCGACAUUCUUGUGUUCGGGUUUUCAGUUGGAGAAGAAGAAACUCUAUCGACCCAACCCCAAUCGAACAGAUUCCAAUAAUUCCAAAUCGUCUCAUGAUCACUAAAGAGUUAUUAUAUAUCAGUUAUCACAAGAACUUUUCAUCAUAAUUAUUUAUUGAUUUAUUAUCAUUAUUACUAUUAUUAUAAUUAUUAUAAGCAAGGCGGCAAGCUGGCAGAAUUGUAAGUGCAUCAAACAAAAAGCUUAGUGGCAUUUCUUC